CACUCUGGAUACGAAGUAGAGGGGGUCACUAGGUGAACUCUGGCCUAACCAGAGAGCUACCAUGACAAAACAGAAGCAAGAACAAGCUGCCACUCCCACCCCCGCCCUCUUCUCCCUCCAUCCCACACUUUUCUUCAUGUUCUCAUCUCUAGAUUCCAACUUCCAAUUUACCUCCGCCCCGGCGAAGGCAACUGCCGACGAUCAGUCGCAGGGCGAUGACAGGAGACUGUCGGCCAUGGACCGUGUCAAGAAGCGCCACGAGGAGAAGGGCUUCCUCUAUGCCUGCUUCUUCAUGCUGUGCUGUUGCUUCUGCUGCCACGAGGCCUGCGAGCGCUGCCUCCAGUGCUUCUGCUGCUGCCGCAGCAAGGAUGAGUGACCGACCGACUGCGCUCAUCCGAAGAUAAAACCUUGUGAAUUUGUGAUUGUAUAUAUUUGUAGUUUGGUUGCCAAUUUGCGACAUAUGCUAGUGCGCAGCGGUAGUACAGUCCAUGUGUGUAUAUCCCGAACUGGUUUUCCUCCUUUGCUUCAAAGUUAGCUGAUGCUCAUCCACCUGCAAGACCGUACACCAACCAAGACAUGCAAAGUUACAAAACUGUAGGAUUCAGAAGAUGGAUACAGACAUAUUUCUUGUUGUAGAAUAUUAAACUGUUCUUUGUUGCCUAUGAUGCACAUUUCUUCUGUC